UUUUCACUCAUGUCUCCUUCAUAUCACAACCUUUGACUUUGUCUCCUCACUACUUCUCUCUUCACUUGACAUACUUUCUUCCUUCUUUCUUAUUAUGGUCUGUCUUUUGAUAUUCGUUUUUAACACCCUCAGCUAAGGAAUUCCACUAAUCCAACUCGAGAAAUUGUGUUUAUCUGCUUCAACUGGGAGCAUGCCUACCACCUGUUUGAGUUUAUGAUCAUUUAGAUUCUCAUAAACAUGGCUUCUCUUCUGAAGAAACUAAGACCUGGGGUCCCUUCAGUGGUUGUUGAUGAUGGUGGUGGUUGUGAUAGCAAUUUCGAAUUCUCCAUUGCCGAGGAGUACAAAGGUCCUCCAUUGAGUUACUUCAUCCCUGAGGUACCUGCUUUCAAGCUUGACCAAAUCCCAGUUGCUCCUAUAGCUUCUUCUCCACCUCAUCAUCAAUCCUCAUUAGUAGUCCCAGUUAUCCAACCUAUCAGAAAAUCAAGCAAUGCUACAACGAAGCUUAAAGAUGGUGGUAAUGAAGAUCAUAAACAUGGUGUUGUAGGAUUGAAUCUCAUUUCCAAGAAUUCAGAUACGGCAGAAGAAUCUGGAUCAUGUUCUGCUUCAGUAUCUUCUGAGAUAUUUUCAUGUAAAGCAGAGGAUGAGGACAUGGAUGAUCCUUCUAGUACUCCAACACAUGUGAAACGCAAUUCUGCUGUCAGAUUUCGUGAUCCCGACUCGAAUGAAAUGGUGGAUGAUGAUUACAAUGAUGACGAAGUUUUUUCUGGUUCUGAGUAUGAAAGUGGAAUCAGUACUCCUAUUAUGAACUACGUGAGGCCAAUUCAUGCUGCGAGACCUGGGAAAAAAGGCACGUGCUACCGUUGCCUUAGAGGGAACCGGUUCACUCAAAGAGAGGUUUGCAUUGUUUGCAGUGCAAAGUAUUGCAGAAAGUGUGUGCUGAGAGCAAUGGGGUCAAUGCCAGAAGGAAGAAAGUGUCUCACUUGCAUUGGUCAGAGGAUUGAUGAGAUAAAGAGGAGGAACCUUGGCAAUUUUUCGAGGAUGCUCAAGUCCUUGCUCUCUGAUUGUGAAGUGAAGCAAAUCAUGAAUGAUGAGAUGUUUUGUGAAGCAAAUCAGAUUCCAGCAGAGCAAAUUGUUGUGAAUGGGGAGCGUCUUGAGAGGGACAAGCUCAUGCUGCUGCUGACAUGUCGAAACCCUCCAAAAGAGUUGAAACCAGGCUUCUAUUGGUAUGAUAAAUCAGCAGGACUUUGGGGAAAGGAAGGUCAACGGCCGUGUCAGAUUAUAAGCCCUGAUAUUGAUGUUGGGGGUAGCUUGCAGAAAAAUGCAAGUCGUGGAAAAACAAGAGUAACUGUAAAUGGUCGUGAGAUUACUAAAGAAGAGUUAUGGAUACUAAAGCUUGCAGGAGUAAAAUGGGAUGGACCAACUGAUUUCUGGGUGACUGCUGAUGGAUCAUAUGUUGAAGUGGGACAUAGGAAUGUCAAGGGCCGAAUAUGGGAUAAGUUUGGAGCAAAGGUAGCUUUGGCAUUUCUGUCCCUGUCACUUCCACCUAAUCUGGUGACUACUCCCAGCGAAGGUGAAGGCAAAGGCGAAGGAGUGAACGGAGGUAGCCAAGACAACAACCAUCAGCAGAAAAUGCUUCACAAGUUUCUACUUGUUGGUUCUGCCAAGUCAGGAACAAGUACAAUAUUUAAACAGGCCAAGCAUCUGUAUAAUGUUCCUUUCUCUGAAAAUGAGCGCCAAACUAUCAAGUUGGUGAUUCAGAGCAACUUGUUUACCUACCUUGGCAUGCUGUUAGAGGGGUGUGAAUAUUUUGAAGAGAGGAGUUUACUGGAGAAAACGAAUACAGAACAUGUCGACGAAUCCACUUCAUCUGAAGAGAACUCUGGGGAAAUUAUUGAAACAACUAGCUAUUCUAUUAGCCCAAGAUUACAAGGUUUCUCAGAUUGGCUAAUCAAAUACAUGGUUUCUGGUAACUUGGAUACAAUAUUUCGAGAUAUUAUUCAAAAUUAUGGGUCAAUGGUAGAGGAGCUAUGGAGUGAUCCAGCAAUUCAGGCCACAUACAACAGGAGACAUGAACUAAAAUUGCUCCCCAGAAAUGCAACUUAUUUUCUAGACCGGGGGAUAACCUAUACAAGCUCCACUGGGAUGUUAGGUGAAAUAAAACCAACAAUAUAUGAGUCUUUGGAUCAUGAAUAUCAGCAUGAUCCUUCUUUGAGAUACGAACUCAUCCGAGCAGAUCCUACAAGCCUUGGAGCAAAGUGCAGGUUGUUGGACAUAUUUGAAGACAUUGAUGUUGUCUUAUUCUCUAUUGCCUUAACUGAUUAUGAUGAGUACAUUGUAGAAAGUAAUGGAGUUGUCAGCAACAAAAUGUUACUAGCCAAGCAACUCUUUGAAAACAUCAUUACUCAUAGAUCCUUCAACAACAAGAAAUUCCUUUUACUUCUAACAAAAUAUGAUCUGCUUGAGGAAAAGAUUGAAGAGGCAAGUCUAACAAAAUGUGAAUGGUUCUGUGACUUCAAUCCAGUUAUCAGCCACAACCAAAAGAAAGGUAGAAUUAAUGAUCAUACCAAUAGUCCUCCAUUAGCUCAACGUGCUUUUCAAUACAUUGCUAUGAAGUUCAAGACAUUGUUCAAGUCUCUUACUGAAAGAAAGCUUUUUGUUUCACUUGUUACUGGUUUGGAACCUGAUACUAUUGAUGAAGCUCUCAGAUAUGCAAGAGAGGUUAUGGUGUGGGAAAAGUGGGAUCCUUCUGCCAUAAAUAAGUCUGAGAUUACUUCAACAACCAUUGAUGAAGCAACCCUCACUUAAUGAUUAAGGUAAAGUUUUGAAUUGGUCCAUACGUUUAGGCGUAAUCAUGUUUUGGUUUUUAAGGUUUAAUAUGUCCUAUUUGAAUCCAAAAAAGUUUUAUUUAGUUUUAAAGUAAUCUCACUGUAAGGUCAAAGUUAAAUAAUUAACGAAAUGUUCUAUAUAACAACGUCGAUAUUCUCCAAU